AUGGUGAGCUUAAGAAGGCGCAGGCUAUUGGGACUUUGUUGUGGACCAAACGGUUAUGUGACACCACUUCCUUUUCUAACUGCUGAGGAGAUGAUCACUGGGAUUCCAAAUCCUAAUGCUGCAGGAGCUUUUAAUCUCGAGCAAGUAGAAACAUCUCAACAGCCUAAAGAGGAGGAAACACCUGUAGAAGAAGCGUCACGAUCCCAGAGCCAAAGAACUCGGUCAAAACAUAUGCAUUUCGGGUCAGAUUUCUUAGAUAUCUCACCGGAUGAUUCUGGUUCCAUUUCAGACCAGCCUCUGAAACGACGAAAGCGGCAUAGAAGGAAGCAAGUACAAAACCAAGAACCAUGUUUGAUGAGAGGAGUGUACUACAAGAACAUGAAAUGGCAAGCCGCAAUCAAAGUGGAGAAGCGACAGAUCCACUUGGGAACUUUCUCUACUCAAGAAGAGGCUGCUCGUUUAUACGAUAGAGCUGCUUUCAUGUGUGGAAGGGAACCAAACUUUGAGCUCUCGGAAGAGGAUAAACAAGAACUCAAACGACAAAGCUGGGAAGAGUUCUUGACUUGCACACGCCGCAAAAUUACUAACAAACGACCUAAGAGAAGGACAGAACAAGAGGAACCUGAUGAUAAAGAGAUCAAUGCGAGUUCUUCGUCAUGA